UACACAUCUCAUCCAAGGUGAUAAGUGUACUAAGUAUUUCCAUUCAAUUGUCAAGAAGAAUCUGGCUAGAAACACCAUUACGGCCCUUAAACUUCCCAAUGGUGAUUCUACCACUUCAAUUGACCAAGUUGCUAUGGAAUUUGUUGAGUUUUACACUAAGCUAUUUGGCACACACUAUCCUACCACGGGGUUAGAUCCUAGCAUUGUUACUUCGGGUAACAUUCUGCCAUUGGAUGCUGUUGAGGGCUUAGUUACUCCAAUAACUGAUUUGGAGAUUAAAGAGGCCCUCUUUGAUAUUGGUGAUAACAAAGCACCUGGCCCUGAUGGUUAUACCUCGGCCUUUUUCAAGCACAAUUGGCACCUUGUUGGUCAUGAAUUUAUACUAGCCGUCAAGGGCUUCUUUGGAUCUGGUAAGCUACUUAAACAACUCAACCAUACACUCAUUGCUUUGAUUCCUAAGACCACACACUCACCCACAGCUUCAGAUUUUAGACCUAUUUCAUGCACCAAUGUUAUCUAUAAGGUUAUUACCAAGAUCCUAGCUAAGAGAUUAAUUCCUUGCCUACCUAAUU